CGGGCUGCGGGAGGUCGCCCGGCCCGCGCGGUCCACGCCCGGUGCUGCUCCCGUGCGAGGCCUGCUCAGGGAAGGAAACGCAAGACCGGACUUGGCAAAAGGGCCGCUUACGUUGUCUUUGGGGUCAGUAUUCAGAGUAUUUGCCAAGGCCCUCGAAACUUGGCGCGCUCCCUGCGAGGCAGUUGGGGUCUCGGCGGCGGCGGCGGAUGCUCGGCGUGGACUCCCAGGCCUCAGGAUGGCCCCCACGAAGGGGAAAUGUGUCUGCGAACUGUGCUCCUGCGGGCGGCAUCAUUGUCCACACCUCCCUACCAAGAUUUAUGAUAAAACAGAGAAACCAUGUCUUCUCUCCGAAUAUACCGAGAACUACCCUGUCCAUCACUCUUACCUGCCCAGAGAGUCCUUCAAGCCCAAGAUGGAUUACCAGAGAGCGUGCACACCGAUGGAAGGCCUGACCACAUCGAGGAGAGACUAUGGGCCUCACAAAGUGUUACCAGUGAAGAUCCACCAGCCCAAUCCGUUCGUCCCAAGUGAAGAGAACAUGGAUCUGCAGACCACGUAUAAACAAGAUUACAACCCUUACCCCCUCUGUCGAGUGGAUCCCAUCAAACCUCGGGACAGUAAAUACCCUUGUGGGGACAAGAUGGAGAGUCUGCCUACUUACAAAGCUGACUAUUUACCCUGGAACCAACCAAGACGAGAGUUGCUUCGUCCUCCUCACCACUACCGGCCGGCAUCGACCAAGUUUGAUAGUCGCACUACACAGCAGGACGACUAUUCCAUGAAGGGCCUGGUGAACACCAGGAGCUGUAAGCCUCCAGCUGUGCCCAAGCUCUGUAACAUCCCCCUGGAGGAUCUGACGAACUACAAGAUGAGCUACGUGGCCCACCCCUUGGAGAAGCGCUUUGUGCAUGAGUCAGAGAAGUUCAGGCCCUGUGAAAUCCCCUUUGAAAGCCUCACCACCCACAAGGAGUCAUACCGCGGUCUGAUGGGGGAGCCAGCCAAGAGCUUGAAACCUCCUGCCAGGCCUUGUGGGCUCUUGCCCUUCUCCAACACCACUGAGUUUCGAGAUAAGUACCAAGCCUGGCCAACGCCCCAGGUGUUCUCCAAACCUCCUGCCAUGUAUGUCCCUCCUGAAGAGAAGAUGGACCUUUUGACAACAGUUCAGGCCCACUACACGUUCCCUAAGGGCGCCCCGGCUGAGUCCUGCCGACCCGCGCCCUCCGUCAAGAAGGGUGGUCGCUUUGAAGGCUCCACCACGACCAAAGAGGACUACAAGCAGUGGGCCAGCAUGCGGACAGAGCCGGUCAAGCCCAUCCCCCAGCUGAACCUUCCCUCUGAGCCCUUGGACUGCCUGACCACCACACGAGCCCACUAUGUGCCCCACCUGCCCAUGAUGACCAAAAGCUGCAAGCCCCUCUGGUCUGGGCCCCAAGGAAAUAUCCCUGUGGAGGGCCAGACCACAUAUACCAUCAGCUUUACUCCUAAGGAAAUGAGCAGAUGCCUGGCUUCGUACCCUGAGCCUCCUGGCUACAUCUUUGAGGAAAUAGAUGCUUUGGGGCACAGGAUAUACAGGCCCAUUUCUCAGACAGGCUCUCGGCGGAACAGCCGUUUUUCUGUAGGUGAUUCAGAAAAUCCCAACCAGCAGGAGUUGACAGUGUCAGCCUGAUUUUUAAAGGUUGUAAUUUAGAAAUUGCACAAUACUUAUAAAAUCAUAUGGUUGAGCUAUUCAUUGGACCAAAAAAGAAAAAAAAAAAAGGAAUUCCCCAAAAA